UCCUGGUAUUUGUCUUCAUCCUGGUCUCUUCGAAGUGCCCGGACCCAAAACAGGAAGUUGAGCAUGAACACAAUUGAGGAUGAGCCGGGAACAGUGACUCUGGAAGCAGUGAACUCUGUGACGUUGACCCAGGACACCGAUGGCAACCUCAUUUUGCACUGUCCUCACAACGACGGUGAGGAGCUGGGGUCUGACGAGAACUUGGAGCCGGUGCACAAGCGACUCUGCCUGUCCAGCGAGGACGAGCUGCACGUGUCCAAUUCCGCCCCUCGCAUCUCGGUGGUCACUCUCCCCAUUUCAGAGAAUGAUGAAAGUUUUGAGGUGACCAUGACUGCCACGACGGAGCUGACGGAGAACGAAAUGAGCGAGGGAGCCGUGGCCCAGAUUCAGAUACUGCAAAAUGAUGAGUCGCACACCCCUCAGAAGACGGACGAGGUUUCCCCUGUCAGUCAGGCAUGGUUCACGACUAAAGAAGAUAAAGUCACUCUUGUCAAGAAAGGUCAUAAGUGGAAGCAGGGUAUGUGGUCAAAGGAAGAGAUUGACAUUCUCAUGAGCAAUAUUGAUCAGUAUAUAAAGAGCCGAGGCAUCCAAGACCCCACAGAGAUCAUCUUUGAAAUGUCCAAAGAUGAACGAAAGGACUUUUACAGGAGCAUCGCGUGGGGCUUGAACCGGCCUCUCUUUGCUGUCUACAGGCGGGUCCUGCGCAUGUACGACAACAGGAACCAUGUUGGCAAAUACACUCCAGAGGAAAUAGACAAGCUGAAGGAGCUGAGAGAGAAGCACGGCAACGACUGGGCCACCAUCGGAGCGGCUCUGGGGAGAAGCGCGUCCUCAGUGAAGGACAGAUGCAGGCUGAUGAAAGACACCUGCAAUACAGGGAAAUGGACAGAGGAGGAGGAACGGCGCCUGGCCGAGGUGGUCCAUGAGCUGACGGGCACAGAGCCGGGUCACGCCGUCACCCAGGGCGUCUCGUGGGCCUCUGUGGCUGAGCUGGUGGGCACGCGCUCUGAAAAACAGUGCCGAUCCAAGUGGCUCAACUACCUCAACUGGAAGCAGAGUGGCGGGACAGAGUGGACCAAGGAGGACGACAUCAACCUCAUCAACAGGAUUGCAGAGCUGGAAGCGAACGACGAGAAUGAGAUCAACUGGGACAUCCUAGCUGGGGGCUGGAGCAGCGUGCGCUCCCCACAGUGGCUACGCAGCAAAUGGUGGACAAUUAAAAGACAAGUGUCCAACCACAAGGAGCUGCCCUUUAUAGUGCUUUUGAAGGGUUUGCAGGAACUGGCCGAGAACCAAAUGCCCUACAGCAAGGUGGUUGUGGGGUCACCGCGGACCAGCAGCGCCUCGCCCUCGUCGGGUCCGGUCCAGCAAGUCCAGAUCAGGGUGGCGCGCCUGGAGGAGGGCAGCAGUGCAACCUCCAACCCCAUGGGGGCCCUGCAGAUUCCUGUGCAGAUCCCAGUGCAGAUCACUCAUGUCUCUACCACAGAUACCUCGUUCUCUGCUAAUGACUCAGAAACCAUAACACUAAACACAGGAGCCAUGCAGACAUUUGAAAUCCUACCUGUAAGUUCACCGGAAAAGAGUUGGUCCUUCCACCUGCAGCCAACUGGGACCCCAGGAACAUACUACAUUCAAACGGGCUCAAACCAGGGACUGCCUCUCACAGUGUCCGCCAGUCCCACAGUCACCCUCACUGCCUCUGCCUCUCCAUCAUCUCCAGAGCAGAUCAUUGUACAUGGGCUCUCUCCUGAUAAUUUGCUGUCGUCCACGGAGAACGUCACCAUGCAGAUGUCCCAUCCUGGCGUCAUCAUCCAAACAGUGUCUUCAGAAGACCUGGUCUCCUCCACACCUCUGGGUCAGUCAGAGUUGGCAGCAGGACCUCCAGCUCUGGUGGGUUCCGAGGGCCCGAACACAGGCCUGGACAAAGAGGCCAGGGCCACAGAGAGCCCCUCGACUCAAGCUACGAAGACGGAGGAGCUCCAGGUCUCUGAGGGCGUGAAAUACCUCCAGGCUACCGUGGUAAGCGAGACAGCCCCCCUGGCAGAGACAGGAGCGCAGGAGCAGCUGGCGGAGAGCUUCAGUGCUGAGGCUCUGGACUCCUCCAGUAUGGAGCCACAGGUGGUAGAGGGGUCAAUAGGAAGUGGCACUGUCCUUAUUGUCCCCUCCCCCAACAGCUUCAUUCAAACUACAGGAGACAUUGUUGGGGACUCUGUUCUCCCCUUAACCACUCUGACAGGUCCUAUACUUGAAAACCAGGGCGAAAGCUCUGACUGACACGUUGACAACCCCCACCUCGGACCCGGAGAUCGUGGACAGCGCAAAAGGCCGAUCAAAUCAGAAGGAACAACAACAAUGCAGGAGUAUUGUGUACAGGUGACUCACGGGGGUUGCUUGGCAUGGAUGACCCAGAAGAUAUGAAAGUUUCAUAUGUUGGUUUUUCUUCAAAAAUGGAUACUUCACAAGGUCCUCUUUCUCCUGCUGUUGGUAAAGACCUUGUGGUGACGUGCUGGCCUGUUACAGGUAUAUCUUCAUUGUCAUCGACUGCUUAGAACAUGUAUUGUAAAGCAUUUUUUCAGUGUCGUCCCUCAAAUUACUUUUCAGGGUUUCAGAUCUUGCACUGGUCCUGUAUUUUAUUUAGUUGCAGGAUGUUGUCAGCUACUUCCAAAUGUACAACUAGACUAGCUCAUUAAUUUAUCAAUGUUUUGUUUAAUUUAUUAAAUAAAACUUUAACACACAUUUAUCUCAUCAC